AUUCUCCGUUUCCCCCCAUUACUGCCACCUUUCCUGUCCUUUCGGUGCACAUUUCUGACAUUUAACAGACGCGCGACGCCAGAGAUUGUUUGUGUCGGGUUAGCGCGGAUUGGCAUAGCUUAGCUUGGCCGCAAACAAAGGGACGCGGAAGUUAGCAACACGCGCUAACGUAGAGGGGUAAAAAUGUGUAAAGUCCAAAAGCUGAGAGCUUUGGUACAGCAGCGGCUAGCUGUGGCCGCGGAGGAAAUCUUUGCACUGUUUGAAAGAACCAUAGCAGAAUACGAGGAGGAAGUUUCUCGAACAAAAGAGAAGAACAUGCGGCUGGACGCCGUUUGCAAGGUUCGAUCCCCAGAAGCAGACGUCCAGCAGCAGGAGUGGAGCCCCAGCAUGGAGCAGAAGGAGCCGGAGCCCCCCCACAUUAAAGAGGAAGAGCAGGAGGAGCAGUCGUCGGAGGCCAACAUUGGCAAGUUCCAAGUCAUUGUGAAGAGUGAAGACGACGAGGCUGAAGAAGAGCCACCUCAGUCUUCGCGGCUUCGCCGCAGGGAGGGGUCAUCUGAAGGGGACCUCCGCCACGGGGAAGCGCGCAACCGCUCAGCUCGAGUCACACGGUUGCGUCCUCCGGUCAAGCUUCCCGAGCCCAAGACCAGAGCUUCUGGUGACGCAGUCGAUCCCAGCGGCGCUUUGUCUGGCUUGAACUAUGUGAAAAAUGAGCGCCGUGCCAGCGAGAAAACGUUUGUCUGCCCGUUUUGCGGCAAAACCUUCAACCAGAGGGUCCAUUUGUCCCGACACCUGAGUGUCCACACGGGAGACAAACCCUUCCACUGCACGGUUUGCAGUAAAAUGUUCGCCACCCGGGACCGCUUGCGCUCCCACAUGAGGAUCCACACCGGAGAAAAACCCUUCAGCUGCUCAGUUUGUGGGAAAAGAUUCUUCCACCGCUCGCACUUGGUCAAACACUCGCACAUUCACACGGGGGUGAAACCCUUUCCUUGCCUUUUCUGCGGCAAGAGGUUCUACUCCAACGGGGACCUGAUCAAGCACACGAGGACGCACACGGGAGAAAAACCUUUCACCUGCUCCAUCUGCAACACCAGCUUCAGUGACAGUUCGACGCUGGGCAAGCACAAGCGAAGGCACACGGGCGAGAAGCCCUUCAGCUGCAGUGUGUGUGAUAAACGCUUCCCAUUCAAGUUCCAGGUGAAAAAGCACAAGUGCGUCGGUGCGGACGGCGGCGUCGCAGAUACAGUUAGACGCCUUCUGUGAGGACUCAAGGGGCCGUAGGUUCGACACCCACUGAAGGUUGGCUGCAGCGACUAAGUGGACUCAAACGGCCCUCGAUGACGUCUCUGCUUUGUCCCUGCAUGCUGCAUCCUGCUGUCGUAUGUUUGUGUUUCUGUGUAUGUCAAAGCAUGCAACGUGAGGGACAAUAAAGGAUCUUUUCCUUGUAGUCCAGCUCGCUUCAAGAUGGAGACGCUUGUGAUGACGCUUCGAAACGUGCGUCGAACCUUUGAACCGCGAUGCAAAAGAGCCGCUCGAUUUGUUCGGAGCGGCAAAACACUCCAGUCGGCUCACUCGCUGACAUAGCUCCGUCUCCGAGGCAACGCUUCCUGUCUCGGUUCUGACAGGUUGACAGAUAUGAAUGUUAGCGCCAAAAGCACUUUAUAUGUACUGGAAACCAGGGGUGUCCAAAGUGGGCCUGUGGGGCCAUUUAUGGCUCACUGCUCAAUUGUUACUGGCCUGUGGUACAAUGUAGAAAUGAAAUGAACAAAAUGGGAAUAUACUGUAUAAACUUUUUUUUCCCCCUUUGUACAAAGUUUUAAAAAUAUAGUAAUAAUAUCAAAGUAUCAUCGAUUACGCUCAUGAAAGUUUCAACACUAAUGAAAACGUGCACGUGUCUCUUCCACAUCUAAUAAAUGCUGGAUAUUUGAUGGAUUUAAAAACAUGAACAUUUACGGUCAGGACUGAAAGGAGGAUGUCCUAUUUUUUUAUUUCAUAAAGUAAAUAUAAUUCAAUAUAUUUAAUAUAUAUCAUAUUUUUCACAUCAAGGGAUGUGAGAAAUAUCAUUUUUGAAGAGAACAUCUGCAUGGGAGGAACUGAACGAUUUAGGUUACAUUGUGUUCAAUUAAAUUAUUGCAAUUUGUUAUGUCUAAUAAGUAACAAAAAAUACACAUAAAAAUGUUUUUCAAAGGCCAGUAUUUGCCAUGUUGCUUUAUUGGAGUAAAAAUAAAAAACAUGAUGCAAAGCAUCAGUAUGGUAUCAUAUUGACUCAAAAAAAAAUGUGGUAUCGCCCAUCCCUGCUCAGGCUGCCCAUAAAAGGCCUUCUUUUAAACCUUAGGCCCCUCCCAACAGAGUUUAAAUAACGUAAAUGCACAAAGGCAUCACAAAAUACACACUAUAUUCUGCUCCAACCAGAAUUCACAAAAAUGAUGACAAAACUAAUUUUUAAAGAUGCAGCGCUCAACUGGCAGGCCCAUAAUAUGUAUGAGGCAUUAUAGGAGGGGCUGCUGCUUUGCUUUGCAGGCCCCAUACCUCAUCCCAACAGCAGAAGCAUGUUGCCAGGGCUUGCGGGGUCCACUUGGGGGUGCUGUUUCUUAUCCUAUUUCUUUUGCUUAGCAGUCAGACGCACAGGGGCCUCAUUUAUAAUGUAAAGCAGUGAUCCCCAACCCCUGGGCUCAUUUGGUACCGGGCUGCACAGAAAAACUCCAGGCUUGAACUGGUGGACGAUGGGUCGGCAUUCAUAUCGUGCUUUUAAUGUAAUGUUGUUCAUGUCUUAGUUUUACACAAUACAUAAUAACAUAAAUUAGAUCGCUAUAAUGUACGAACCCCAGCACUUCGCUCGCAUAUGCGCUUAGAAAUAGACUGUGCGAGUAGAAAAACAAAAAGGAAGCACACGUGCGACUACGUUUUCCAACCCUUUCAUUCGCAUUUUGCUCCUGAAAUAAGUCCAUCCGAAUGGAGUAACAUUCUGGCGUAUAUAAAUCUACAGUCUCCUAGAACUUUUCUUGGUUCACGUCGGAAACUCGCGUUGACGCACGAUGACAUCUCAGCUGUAGAGCUGCACUUGCGGACGUAGCUAACUUGCUAUGAUAUCAGUUGGAUACUGGAGCGCUGGAAAGAUGACUGCUCUCUGUGACUACUAUGGUGCUUUCCCACUCAUGCGCAAAAAAUACUUUUUUUCCCGUUUGUAU